GGAAAGCACGCGGAAGGGUUGAUUAGAUUCAGCGAGCGGGUGAGGAACAAUUCAGAUGGGCGUAUGUGACAUGGUUGGUAUCCCCGCACCAGGACGAGGAGGACCCCAUGCCGGAAGAUCUGAAAAACGACGAUUGGCCUACGCAGCAGAGGACCGAAAGUGAAGCUGCGCGCGUGCUACUUCAUGGGCAUCGGGACCCUGAUGGUGCUCCUGUUCUCCGACCCCAUGGUGGACGUGCUCUCCGAGUGGGGUGUGCGCACGGGCGUGCCGAGCUUCUACGUGUCCUUCGUCCUGGCGCCCUUCGCGUCGAACGCGAGCGAGCUGCUGGCGGCGUACUCCUACGCCUCCAAGAAGACCCCGAGUUCCAUCACGAAUUCGCUGUCCUCGCUGCUCGGCGCCGCGUGCAUGAACAAUACGUUCUGCUUAGGGAUCUUCCUGGCAUUGUGCUACUUCCAGGGCCUCGCCUGGCAGUUCACUGCAGAGACUAUCGCGAUCAUUUUCGUCCAGUGGCUCAUCGGAGGCUUGGCGAUGCUCAAGGACUCGACUAUCAGACUCGCUUCAUGGCUUGGAUCGUGCUUCUGUUGGAUCCAGGUUGCCUCCUGCUGGUGUGGCUCCUCGAGAAUCCGUCCAUCGGCGGCUUGGACUGAAGUCUUGGGCAGUAGCACGCACGCUGGGACUCGCCUGGGGGCACUUUGGCGCUUGCACGCCACACCUUUUUUUCGAAGCUUCAAAUCGUUUUAGUUUAAGUUGUUCCUUGCGUGCGGACUUUCCAAUUCGAGUACCUUGCAUAAGGUGAGCGUCACUUGAUUAGUGAACGUUUUGCGUGCUUGAAGUGUACAGCGUAUCCGGAUCUUGGCGACCGGAUGAUAGCGUUCUUCAGACGCACAUCGAAGACGCCUUUGGCAACCACAGCCGCCGUGCUUAUCGUGUUGUUGGCCACGUUGUCAGCGAGUCAGGACUCCGCCCUGAUAUCUAUCAUGACCGUUUGCACGAGCAGCGGCUUUUGAGUCUCUCGCAGUUGUGCGUGGAGAUCUGCGAUCAUCAGUGCUCAGGUGGAGACAUUUGCGCAGGAGAGGCUCGCGCCAGAAUUCCAUUGCACUGGCUGGCGAGCAGUUCUGCAUCGAUCGCUUCGAUCGCGUCGGGCUCGUCGUGCUGCACAUUCCCCACACCACCGCGAUACCCCUGCGAGUUGAGACUCCC